CCCCAAAUAUCCCAGAACUAUAAAAUAAACGCAUUAAAAUCCAUAAAUACACAAACAACCCUACCUGCCAACCCAUCCCAACCGGCCGAGGCCGCGCAACCUAGAUGAAGUCAUACCCGUCUCCACAAUGACUUCACAAUGCUGUCACCAAGCCCGUUCUUGGCGGGCUGUCGAUGUUAUCAUAGAGAGGGCUAGAUGCGAAGCACGACAUAUAAAGGAGUUCAGAUUCUACUGUUGAAGUUGACAUUCAGAUCAACAAUUACAAAAAUAACUAAGUGCAUAUAUCGCCAUACACAUCUCAUCUCAAUCCUUAUCCAAUUCUUCCAAAGCACCAACCCCCUACAAAUUAAAAGAACCCAAAAUGCCCCGCGGCGCAGAAUACGACGACGGCGUCCCCCACAGCGACAACGCUGUCAAAGCAGGCCAGACGAAGGUCCAUGGCGCCGGUGACUCUGUAUGUGCCCGUUCUUAUCUCCAAUUCAGUUCAAUCCCUCUUUCAUCCGCCGAUAGAAGUGAGUAUCUCAAGCUAAUGGUUUCUGAUGUGCAGAACGCCCAAAUGGGCCGCGUGUUUAGAACCGCCGAGUUCCCUGAGGCUGCUAGGGAGCUUUCCGGCAACGCAACGAGCUUUGGCGGCAGUGCUGGCCACUCGAGCGGAAAGGGAGGCCAUGAGCCGAAGUCUUUGGGAGAGCAUAAGGGCCUAGGUGCCCAUAAGGAUUGAAUGAGGUUAUGAAUUUUUUUAUUUUUAUUUUUUUUUUUCAUUUUUGCUUCUUUUUCUCUGGGAGUUGGAUUGCGGGUUGAAUAAACCGUUUGUAUGAUACGGUCUUGGGCUUCUGCUACGGUACAGGGGCUUGUGUUUAUUAUCUAUCUAUCAUUAUAGAUUUAAUGAUAUGUGAAGAUGAUUUCUCUAGCUUAUUCUUCUUUUUCUUUUGGUUUCUUUUGGGUGGUUGUUGUAAGAAGUUGGUAAGUGAAUGUCUUGAUUAAGUCUAUAUAGAAGGAUAUAAAUCGGAUGCUGUGCUAUCCGGGGAAAUAAACAAGUAUUUAG